UGCUUGUGUGUUAUCAAGUGAGUGUUAUUUGGUGUUUAAGAGUUGCACAAUUGGUCUCUCUCUCUCUCUCUAUCAUAUGAUCUACUGUAAAUUUAUCGAUUCUUCUUAUCUACUCACCCCCUUAUUCAAACAUGGUUAUAUCGUUCAUUUUUUGUAAUAUGCUGUCUACAUGAUACCUAUAUGUGUUAACAUACCAAUGCAUCUCAUUACACAAAUACACACACAUACACAUAGAAGUAUUGAGACAUGUGUAUAACCAACUCAUCGAUAGGUUUCUCUGCCAAAUCAAUGGGAGGUUAACCAGUUAACUAUAGAUGAUCAAAUUUAUAAAGAUGCACACAUUCAUUGUUUCUUACCUAUAAAUAGUGUUUCAGUUAUUAUUAUUCAAUAAAACACAAAAGUUUCAACUAAACAGACUAACUAUCUAUACUACUUAAUUAUUAUUUUUAUUUACAAUCAUGGCGAGUACAAUGGAACAGUUUAUUACAGCAUAUCUAACAAUUUGUCGUGAUGGUGAUGAUGUUGUUGAUAAAAGAGAACUUAUAGAUUACUGUAGAAAAGAAAAGAUAGAUACAAAAAUGGUUGAUACAUGGAUUUCACAUUUCGAUGUCGAUAAAGAUAAUAAAAUUACUCUAGAAGAAUUUUGUCGUGGUCUAGGAUUGAAACCAGCUGAAAUGCGUAAUGAACGAACUCAUCUUAAAACAGUUCAAUCUGGUAGAUCACCUAAAAUACCUGAUGGAAUUGAAGUGAUCGCUUCAACAAUGCCUUUACCAAAACAAGUUGAAGUUGUUCAACUGUUUAAAGAUAUCGUUACUAAAACAGGUGGAACUGAUCCAGAUAUGCGUAAAAUUGCUAAUGAUUUUAAAGUUAAAUUAGAAGAACGAUAUGAACGUGUUUGGCAAGUAGUUAUAUUAACUGGUUCAUAUUGGAUGAAUUUUUCACAUGAACCAUUUCAAUCACUUCAAUUUAAGCAUGAUAAACAUGUUGUUCUUGUCUGGCGUACACCAAGCAAUUGAAAUAAUUGAAAAAUACUAUCCAAUUUAAGUAAUACUAGUAAAUACUUCAGAGAUUAUCGAAUCUCUUUUUAUACAACAAUGAGCAAACCAUUUAUUCUUUCUUUACAAAACACAAAAAACGAACUACCCUUCUCAAAUAUGCGUUCAUGCUUAUGAUACUAUUCAUAGUAUUAAUAAUAAAAUAAUUUUUCUUAAAAAUUAUAAAAUUAGUGAAUAUAUAUUUUAUAUAUUU